GGCUCACACCAUUCUUAAUACCAUUUCCAGUGUGGAGAGAGGCAGGUGCCAGGGAGAAAGUGAGAGAAAUAGUUUUUUUUAGUUGAUAGUCAUUUUACUCAGAGCUCAUUUUAUUUGAGUUUUACAGUUUUAGAGAUUCAAAAUCUUCAUAGCUGGUGAUUGGUGAUUUUUAAAUCUGUUCUCGGUGGAUUUUUUUCUCCACAUUUCUGUAUUUUAAUUAGUUUGCACACCAUUGUGGGGCACUGAAAGGUAGAGCUGGCUACGAUUCUUGAGAAAAUAUUUUCGUCUGUUUCACGGACGUUUCUAGUCCUAUUCUUGUUUCAAGUUGGUGUCUUAACGUGACUUUCACAUCACUGGAAGCCAUGAGUGCCGUGGUAACAAACACAGUGGGAGAUGGCAACAGCGAAAGCUUCGACCUCAUCCAAAAUCGGAUUGAGUCGCUGAGCACCAAGAUGGACAAGCUCAUCAACAUUCAAGAAAAGGUCCUCAACCGGCUAGACGGGAUGUCUCAGGACAUUGAUGGCAUCGAAAAGGAUAUGGAGAACCUGAAGGUUGACAAGGAGGAGAUCCACCUGCCUCCAAGGGUGAUGAACCAGACCCAGGUCGUGGGGCGAGAGGUGAGGGAGAUAUGCCGGGAAAUGAGCACCAUCAUGUCGGCGGUGAACCAGCGGUCCGAGCAGCAGGCCCAGAAGCUGGAGGGGAUGGAGAAACUGGUCCUCAGCAUGCAGCAGGUGAUCAGCUUCAUUGGGGAGACAGUGAAGAGUUCGAGGGUUAUGGAGCUGAUGUUCAAAGGCCCCACGGCUCGGAAGGGCUCCAAACCCAAAGACAAUAAAGGAAAGCAAGCUAUCAAGAGAAAAUCGUCCUCAGAUACAAUAACUAAGAAGCCUGACAAGAAAACUACCUCUAAUAAAGCCAGUAAAGGGAAUCAACAGAUAACUCCUGCAUGUCAGCCCAGUACUCCGCAGCCUUCUCACAAGAUAAAGCUCCAUGGACCAAAGCAUUUCCUCGCCUCUCGCAAAUGUGGAAACUUCCUGAAAGACCAUAAAGUUAAAGAUGGGACAGAGAAACCAUGUUUGAGCCCCAAGAGUCAGAAAACUCAAAAGAAGAUGAAGCCCCCAGAUACAGCAGAUAAUAUCUCUCUGAAGAAGCAGGCUUUGCUUCUUCAGGAGGUGCAGAAACUCAACAGGGAAAACGCAGAGAAAUCAGGUCACGGACUCGUCCCUGGAUAUCCUGGAGUUGUGGAGACUGGAGUGCCCCCCAAAGAUCAACAACCUGAUGCUCCCGCUCGUAACUUGGUGGACUACCUGUGUGAAGAUUCCCAAGUGGCUGAGAGCCGUGAGGUUGUUGAGGAGGUUAGUGAGGAGGUGGAGGUGGGGGAAAAGGUGGCAGAGGCAGAGCCCAAGCUCGAUGCAGAGGAUCUAGUGAAAGAGAAAGAAGAUGAAAAGCUUGAAGUCCCAGAGGAAAAGCAGGAAGAGGAGGCUUCUGUUGCAGAAGAAGUAGCUAAAGGCCCAGAGCUCCCUGUUGCCCCUGAGAAUGAAAAAGAACCACCUGCUACAAGCCCUGAUGACCACAAAGAUACCACCCCAUCUCCAGAGGCUGAGCAAGACCAGACAGCAGAGAUCAGCAGCAGCAUAACUAUCACUUCCUUUGUGACAGAGGAACACUUUGUAGUGGAGGAACACAGGAAAACCCAGGUGGUGGUGGUGGAGGAGGAAGAGGAAGAGAAGGGAGAAGACAACAAGGAGGACGAACAGAACCUCGAGUCUGAGGAUUGGGCCAUCUUUAGGGCCGAUGGAGUUGAGAUCAAGUUAAACCUUAAACAAAAGAUGGAGAGAGAGAGGAAGGACAAUGAUGCUGAAAAGGAGGAUGAGGAUGAUGAUGUUGAGCGGUACCAUAUUGACACCACUCCUCCUCCAGUGGCUCCUUUCAAUCACCGCAUUGUGUCGGCCAAACCCAACCAGAUCAGCAACUUCUACACCAUCAACUGGCAGGAGGUCUUGGGCGGGGGUCGUUUCGGCCAGGUGCACAAAUGUGUUGAAAACUCCUCUGGUCUUACUUUGGCGGCGAAGGUCAUCAAAGCCAGGAGUCAGAAAGAAAAGGAGGUGGUGAAGAAUGAGAUCCAGGUCAUGAAUAAUCUGGACCAUGCCAACCUGAUCCAGCUCUAUGCAGCUUAUGAGUCAAGGAAUGACAUCAUCCUUGUACUUGAAUAUGUUGGUGGAGGGGAGCUGUUUGACAGGAUCAUUGAUGAAAACUACAAACUAAUGGAGCUGGACGCCGUGGUGUUCAUCAGGCAGAUCUGUGAGGGUGUGCAGCACAUGCACAAAAUGUACAUCCUACACCUGGAUUUAAAGCCAGAAAAUAUUCUGUGCGUGAACAGAGCCACAAAUAAGAUCAAAAUCAUCGACUUUGGUCUUGCUAGGAUAUAUAAACCAAGGGAGAAACUGCGAGUCAAUUUCGGCACUCCAGAGUUUCUUGCUCCUGAAGUCAUCAACUACGACUUUGUGUCGUUUAACACAGACAUGUGGAGCCUCGGUGUCAUCACCUACAUGCUUCUGAGCGGUCUCUGUCCCUUCCUUGGCGAUGAUGACAAUCAGACUCUGAAUAACAUCUUGGCCUGUCAGUGGAACUUUGAGGAACAAGAGUUUGUAGAUACGUCUGAAGAAGCCAAAGACUUCAUCUCCAGGCUCCUCAUUAUAAAUAAAAGUUGGAGGAUGGGAGCAUCUGAGGCGUUAAGACAUCCAUGGCUAUCUGACUCAGCACUUCAUCAUCGCCUUUAUACAAAGAAAACUAUGUGCAGAUCACGGCGAUCAUCCUGUGUGCCUAUGACUGAUAGUUGAGGGCUCCUGUGACGGCUCCAGCUGUGGCCACUCGGACCAAUCCUCCUGUCCAUGUAAAUGAUCUAAAUUUCAGUUGAUGCACCUGCAGCAUUUUCCUGAAAUGUGAUCCAUUUUGAUUGUGUUAAUGUAACCAAAAUAUACCAAAGCAACAUACAGGACAUAUUCAAAUGUGAUUUAACGGCUGAUGUUCGCAGCAAGCAUUGUACUGUGCUACUUUUUGUGUGAAUAAUGUACAACUCAUAAUUAUAAUUCUAGAGAAACAACAGGUGAAAAAAUAACAAGAACCUUACAUUAAUCAGUUGCGGUGCACCUUUAUGAACCCAACAAUGUUCAGUUAUUGUUGAGGUUGUGAGACAAGUGAUAACUCAACUGAGCUGAGUUGUGUUUUAUUGUAUUACAUCACUCUGUAAGGUGUUUUUUUAUCAUUUUUCCAUCCUGUUGUAGAUGGCAUUUCAAGACGAUGCUGAUCUGACCCAACUUCAUUAGACACAUAUUAUCAUACAUAUGAGCCUAACUGUGGCUGGCACCUUUGCCUUGGACACUGCACAUUGUAUUAUCAACCUCACUUUCAACUAUCCACUCUCCCUCACUCAUCUGUAACCAAAUACACUGUGCUGUCAUUGUUUGUUGCUGUUUUCAUUAUCUGCUGCUAGUGUAGAUAAGAAAUUACAUAUUUAGAAACAUACCUCAAAACUGCUUCUAUAUGAAGGCUACAGCAUGAUUCAUAUCAUAUGACUCUAAUAAUCUGCGCAGCCUUUCUCUGCCCACAGAAAUAUUCUUUGUGGGCUAUGAAUUAAUGCCAAACCGUAGAUUAAAAUCCAGGUUUUCUCAUAUCUUAGGGGAUGUGUAUUGUACGUAUGGACAGAAUGGAAUUUGUGUGUUUGGUGUCAUAAGCUGUAGUAUGUGCACUUUAUACUGUUAUUUAUUUAAACAUAUAUUAUAUAUGAACCUACUGUAGUACAGUUGAAAAGGCUUAUGUGGUCGGAUCUCCUCAUGUCUCAUGUUUCAUUGUGCUUUGUCCUAGUGUUUAUACAGACAAUACAUUUCACCAACACAGUUCAUGUCUUAUCAGCUAAAUGUAUUAUUUUCAUUCUUUGUUGCAUGUUGUUAUGUGUUUAUGUGUUAUCAGCUGUUAAAGCUUAAACUUGACAGAAACAGAGUAAUAACUUUUUUAAACUUUUUUUUUUUUCUCUUUUUUUUUUUAUUGUACUGUAUGCUUGAGCUGUCAUAUUACUUUAGUGCCUCUCUGGCUGCAUAUUCAUGUCACUGUAGAUGCUUUUUCCACAAUACAAAGUUAUCUUUGAAAUACCUUCUGUGAAGGUUCACUAACUAAAAGUAAUACACUACCUACCUAGCAUUGCCUAAAUGGAUGAAAAAUUGUUAGAACUACAUUUAUGUGACUUUAAUUUAACUUCAUGAUGAAUUACAUUAACUGUUGAGCACAGAGCGCUAGAAAAAGAAGUUGUCCUCACAGAGUGUUAACAAUUUCAAACUCAGCAUGUAUUUGUGAAGUGUGUACACAUCCAUUAAACUGAAACUGUGUCUUAAA